AUGGAAGAACUCGAUACGAGGACUACCCCGGCAUCGGGACUUCCCCUCGCCUUUCACGGCACAGUUAUCCAUUCCCAAAGUCUGGAUGACCUCGAGAUCCUAGAGAAUUGCUUCGUACUGGUGGGAAAAGAUGGAAAGAUUGAGGCACUACAAGCGGGCGUGGAACCACAACAGAUCAACGCCAUUGCAUCGGAAUAUGGCUACACGCCCGACGUCUUCCCGGUGAAGCAUCUUAAGCGCGGGGAGCUUUUAUGCCCCGGCUUUGUUGAUACUCACAACCAUGCACCCCAAUGGGCACAGCGUGGCGUCGGAAGAGGAAUCUCGUUGCUUGACUGGUUGAAUAAGGUCACGUUUGCCCACGAGGCGAAGUUUGAAGACCCGGAAUAUGCCAAACGAAUGUACGCCUCUUGCGUGUCAGGCUUUUUGCAACAAGGCAUUACUACGGCAUCAUAUUACGGCUCUCAUCAUGGUCGCGCAAGUCGGAUCCUGGCCGAUGUCUGCCUUGAGAAAGGACAGCGCGCGCUGGUGGGCAAGUGUAACAUGAACCGGAAUGCCCCGGACUGGUAUCGGGAUGCGUCGGUGUCGGAUUCGCUGCACGAGACGAGAGAGUUCAUCAACCACGUUCAAAAGAUUGACCCAACAUACCAUUUGGUGAAACCGAUACUGACCCCACGAUUUGCGAUAUCCUGUGAGCCGGAGUUGCUGGAUGGGCUUGGUGCUAUCGCGCGUGAACAUCCUGAUCUCCCAAUCCAAACGCAUUUCAAUGAAGCGAAGCAGGAGAUCGAGUUCACGCGCCAACUUUUCCCAGAGUUUGACACAGAAGCUGAUCUCUAUCAGCGAUACGGUCUACUGAAUGAUCGCUCCAUUCUUGCCCACUGCAUCUUCCUACAAGAGAGUGAAAUUCGCCGCAUCCAGGAACUUGGCUGUGGCGUUGCUCAUUGCCCGAUCGCGAAUACAACUAUGCAAGAGUUCAUGGUGGCACCUGUGCGGGAAUAUCUGCGCCGUGGUAUCAAAGUUGGUCUGGGCACCGAUAGCGGCGGUGGUUACUCGUCAUCCAUACUGGAUGCUAUGAAGCAGGCUUUUAUUGUGUCAAAUGCGCAGCAGAUGUUGACCCAAGGACGGGAUCCUGCGCUUUCCAUGAAUGAAGGCUUCUUCCUUGCUACGUUAGGUGGUGCCCAAGUUUGUGGGCUCGAUGACCGAGUCGGUAAUUUUGCCGUUGGGAAAGAGUUCGAUGCGCUUGAAAUUCACACUACUGAUCUUGAUCAGCCAGGAGUGAUGAGCCCGGUUGAAGAGGAAGAUAGUAUUCAAACAAUAUUCGAGAAGUUUCUGAUGACUGGGGAUGAUCGGAAUAUUGCCAAAGUCUAUGUAGGUGGGCGAUCGGUCAAAGUUUGA